GACCGGAAGUGACGUCACUUCCGCUUCCGGCGCGGCCGCUCCAAGAUGGCGGCGCUGGCGCUGAGAGGGGUUGGGCGGCGCUGCCUCCUGGCCCGUCUGGGCCCCGGCCCGUCCCUGCAACAUGUUAUCCCCAUGGGAAGCACGGCCAGGGAGGAGAUGAGUCGCUUCUGGGAGAAGAACACCAGGUCCAACCGGCCCCUGUCCCCUCACGUCACCAUCUACAAGUGGUCCCUGCCCAUGGCCAUGUCCAUCACCCACCGCGGCACCGGCGUCGCCCUCAGCCUGGGCGUGUCCCUGUUCGGCCUGGCCGCGCUGCUGAUGCCCGAGCCCUUCCCCUACUACCUGGCCCAGGUGAGGGCCCUGAGCCUCGGCCCCGCCCUGCUCUGCUCAGCCAAGUUCCUGCUGGCACUGCCAGUGUCCUACCACACCUGGAACGGCAUCCGCCACCUGGUACAGCCCUGGCACACCUGGGGUGGGGACAUGGGGAUGGGAAUGGGGCUGGGAAUGGGGCUGGGAAUGUCCCACCACACCUGGAACGGCAUCCACCACCUG